UCGAAAUGCGUUUUUAAGCCCUGAUCUUGGUUUUGCAUUGGGACAAAGACACAAUAAGAAACACAAUUGCUGGUCAAUGAACAGGAAUGACGACGACUUGGGUAGUCCUCUUGAUGAGGACAUGGAUAUUAGACUACAAACAGCAGAUGAGCUGGACUUGAAUUUAGAGCAUGAAAGCCGCAUCCCAAAAGGCAUCUGUGUGACUCCAGCCAAUCUUUCCUCAAAAGAAGAAGCCAGUACAGAUGGGGUACUUAAAAUUGGUACUGAGUUUGAAUCAGAUGAACAUGCUCACAGAUUUUACAACAGAUAUGCGAGAUUGCUUGGUUUCAGUGUGAGAAAAGAUUGGGUAAAUAGGAGUAAGAUACACGGUCAGGUGGUGUCUAGAAAGUUUACAUGUUCCAGAGAAGGAUAUCGGCGGAAGGACAAAAGAGACAUUAAUGUGAAGAAGCAUCGAAAGGAAACCAGAACUGGUUGCUUGGCACAUAUGAUCAUCACUCGUCAACCUGAUGGUAAAUACAGGGUUACUCAUUUUGAAGCAAAUCACAAUCAUGAUAAUAUAAACCCCAAUAAUGCUCAAAUAUUACAACUGCAGAAAGAGCUUUGCGUUACUCAAUUUUCUGAAGCUGACUUGAUGAACGAUUUGGAGUCCCAGUCAAAUACCGAAUAUGAACUUAUGAGUAGGAGAUCUGAAGUACGAGAUUCUCUUGAUUUUCUUGCCAUGGAUUAUGAUGAUAUCCUUCUAUCUGAAAGAGCGAGAGAUAUGAAAAAAGGAGAAGCAGGACGUCUGUUGCGCCAUUUUCAGAGGCAGCACUUUGAAAAUCCAUCUUUCUUCUAUGCGAUACAGAUUGAUGCUGAUGAUAAAGUAUGCAACAUAUUUUGGGCUGAUGAUAAUAUGGUUGUGGACUAUGAUCAUUUUGGUGAUGUGGUUUGUUUGGACACAACCCACCGAACAAACAAAGAUUCUUUGCCAUUUGUGCCGUUUAUCGGAGUGAAUCAUCACAAUCAAGUUGUGAUACUUGCUGCUGCUUUUCUAUUUGAUGACACUGCUGAAUCACUCAAGUGGCUACUUCAUACAUUCUUAGAGGCUAUGUCUGGGAAGAAGCCAAAGAUCAUUCUCACAGAUCAAGAUGCAGCUGUUGUUGAGGCAAUUAAUUCAGUCUUACCAGAAAUAGAUCAUCGUAUAUGUCUAUGGCAGAUGUACCAAAAUGCUCUUAAGCACCUGAGCCUUGUAUUGAAGGAUACUCAAUCUUUUACCUCUGAUUUUAGAAGUUGCAUUUAUGACCAGAAAGAUGAGCAAGGUUUUAUUCAAUCAUGGGCAGCUCUACUUGAGAAUUAUGGUCUUCAGCAAAAUGACUGGCUGAAAUGGAUGUUUAGAGAAAGAGAGAAAUGGGCUGUGGUAUAUGGCAGAAACGGCUUUUUUCUUGACUUGAAAUGUAGACAUCUGGUUGAGAGUUUAUCUAAUAACUUCAAUAAUUAUCUUAGCUCUGAUCAAGGUAUGCUUCAAUUUUUUAAGCAUUUUGAAAGAGUGGUAGAUGAACAGCGUUACAAAGAAAUUAAAGCUAAUGAGGAAAUGUAUAGGUGCAUGCCAAGGUUAAUGGCGAAUGUGAUUUUGUUAAAGCACGCAAGUGAGGUUUACACGCCAAAGGCAUUUGAGGUAUUUCAGCGAGAAUAUGAGAAAUGUUUAAAUGUUGUUGUUAACCAGUCCAGUCAGAAAGGAUUAUUGUCUGAAUACGAAGUGAACACCUUUGGUCAAUCUCGAGAAUACCGUGUUACAUUCAAUUCUUCUGACAACAUAGUUGCCUGUAACUGCAUGAAGUUUGAGUAUGUUGGGUUUCUUUGUAGUCAUGCACUAAAAGUGCUCGAUCAUAGGAAUAUAAAGGUGGUCCCAUCCCAAUAUAUCUUAAAGCGAUGGACUAGAGAUGCAAGGAUUGGUAGCUUGGGGAAUAACACUGACUUCAUAGAAUCUGGAAACGUCAAGUUGGUUGUAGCAAGACGUUACAAAGAUUUGUGUUGUCGCAUACUAAAUAUAUCAGCCAGGGCAGCUGAUUCUGAGGAUGCAUUUCAGUUUGCAUCAAGACGAUUGGAGGAAGUAAUUGAAGGAGUUGAAAAAAUCUUGACAUUAAAAGCCGAUGAAGCUCAAGGUAUCACCUCUAGUAGCACUGGAGCAAAUGCUUCUGAAAGUGAAAAUGCGGAGAUUUUUUUGGAUGGAAAUACAACUGCGGAUCAGGAGGUGGAUGACAAAGCACAGGGAACAAGGGAAAAAGAGAUUUGUUCUGCUGAUAGGCGCAAACUGAAGAAUAUAAAUGUGAGAAGCUCCAAAACAAAAAGAGACCAGAAUGUACAAGUACAAUCACCAAAUAAUCUUACAUGCAUUUCAAGCCCCCCAUCGGCUUAUGUUUCACCUCAGCCUUCAACAAACAAUCCUGUUAUGCAGAGCUUGUACAAUUUUGAAGCUACUCAGGUGGUUCAGUGUAUGUACCAACAGCCUGAUCUGCUCAUAGACCAACAACCCAAUACUGACAUGUAUCAACAACCAAAUUUCUACUCUGACCAAGACAACCCUCCUGGCCAAACUCCGUUGCUCCAGGAACCUUUGAUACGUAACACAUAUCAUGAGUCUGUCUCGAACAACACUCACCUGAGGCAGGUAAUGGAUCUUGACAUGCACCAUCCACAUUCAUCUUCAUUUAUGCUUUAUGAUCACAGAUACAGAACUCCUGACACUUCAUAUCUUGUACCCAAGUAAUGAAGAAGAAUACCCUCACGGCAUUCUUCUCUUGUGGAUAUAUUUUGUGUUGUACAGUUACAGUUGCAAAUUAUUUAGUGUUGAAUCAUAGAAUUAGGUUGGAAUACAAAGGAAUCAAUCUUCA